AUGGCCGCCGCCAAGCCGCUGUCGCGCUUCUGGGAGUGGGGCAAGACCAUCGUGUGCGUGGGGCGCAACUACGGCGAGCACGCCAGGGAGAUGGGCAGCGCGCCGCCCCGCCAGCCGCUGCUCUUCCUCAAGCCCGCCUCGGCCUACGUGCGCCAGGGCUCGCCCGUGCUGCGGCCCUACUACUGCGCCACGCUGCACCACGAAGUGGAGCUGGGCGUCGUGGUGGGCAGGCGCGCGCGGGCCGUGGCGCCGCACGCCGCCAUGGAGCACGUGGGCGGCUACGCGCUCUGCGUCGACGUCACGGCCAGGGACACGCAGGACGAGUGCAAGGAGAAGGGGCUGCCCUGGACCCUGGCCAAGGCCUUCGACACCUCCUGCCCCGUGAGCGACUUCGUGCCCAAGGAGCGGAUCCCUGACCCGCACAAGCUGAAGAUCUGGCUCAAGGUGAACGGGGAGCUGAGGCAGGAGGGGGACACGUCCUCCAUGAUCUUCUCCAUCCCCUACCUCAUCAGCUACAUCAGUGAGAUUAUCACGCUGGAGGAGGGCGACCUCAUCCUGACGGGGACGCCCAAAGGCGUUGGGGCGCUGGAGGUGAACGACGAGAUCGAGGCUGGCAUAGACGACAUCCUGUCCAUGCGCUUCACCGUGGCGCAGCAGACGCGGCGCUGCUAACGGAGCGCCCGGCGGGACCGCGGCUGCGCGGGAAGAGGCGCCGGGAGGCGGCCGGUGAAGGGAGGCACGCGCAGGCCCUGGGGUGUUCAACACCGGCCUCUUCCCCUCUUGCCAGAGGGGUCCCCCUUCUUGGGGGCCCCUUGAGGUCCCUCUUCUUGGGGUCCCCCCUCUUGCCAGAGGGUGUCUGGGCUCACCACAGGCGCGCACCACAGACACGGGCACUGUUUGAACGUGGGGCUUUAUUUGCACAACUGAUGCCAGAGAAGCUCAACAAAUCUGUCUUGUACUACUUGUUAUCUCUGAAUUUUCCAAAUACAUUCUAAAUUCAAUGAAAAUUAUAAUUAUAAAGGUUUAAUUUAGUAGAAUUAACUUUUCUUCAGCUAAGGCCCUAGUAAGCUUUUUAAAGAACAAUUAUCUAAAAAGAUCAUUACAGAAGGCCCCUUAUGGGGAUUAGUAACAUAUACUCCCUCCUUAUGAUCUUACUUAGCAAAAUCCAGUGACAACAGCAUUCUGUCUCAAUGAAGAAAUGAAGAAAAAAACUUUUUUUUUUUUUUUUAAUUGCCCCGGCGAUUAAGGAGCCACGUAGUGCGAUCUUUUUCCUUUUCGCAACAAGCUCUGACUUGCCUCCGUAGGGUCUGCCAGUUUGCAUGACAGUACAUUCACUUUCAGUCCUGUUCUCCAACUGGGUGACAAAGUAAGCUGUAAAAUAAGUCAAGUUCUUGGGUUUCAUUACUAAAAAACACUUUGAAAUUUCUUAUUUACAACCAUCACACAGCAUGUUUAAUUGACAGAUGUGGUUAUACAUACUCUGUAUUUUUUACAUAAAUAUACAUAAUGUCAUAAACCUGUCAUUACUGAAGUAAAAUGUUUUACAUUUUACUGAAAAUAGGGAUAGAGAAGAUGGAGGAGUAAGAAGUGUUCUGUUAAGAAGGACAGAUUUAAAAAUCAGUUUAAAAGUCAGUUUAGAGAUGCCCUACAAUGGGUUAUGAAAGGGGAAUUCUGAUCAGUGUGAAGUAAUACCUCAAUGUAUCUCCAAAAAUUCAGGUCAAGGAGGAAAAAUACAGGUAACUAAAUAAUAAAUAUAUGUUUUAAAAUAUCAACUAAGCAUUACUCUUGGAGAUACUGUUAACUUUGACCAUUAUAGCCCUACAGCCCUAGAAAUCAGUGACUUCAACUUUAUUAUAUACAAGUUCUUCCAACAUCAGUGCCUUAAUCAGUAUUGACUAGGAGCUAUCUGUGUCUUUCUUAGUUUUCCUGAAAGGGGCCUGCAAAUCUGAUCCUGCAGAGAUACCAUCUGGUGCUGAAAUUGUGUUAAAAUAGUAUUUGC